UAAUGUUAUGCGUGGGCAGUGGGCACUACUAAGUAUCAGCAUCGUAAGUCGUAACCAUCGACUCGUUAAUCGUCAAUUUUAAGUAUUAUUAAUCUAAUAGUCUUUAGGUACUUAGCAUUCAAAAACUGUUAAAUAGCUGCUGUACAUUUACUAAUAAACUUUACUUUCAUAAAGUGUGAAUAUUAAAAUACAAGUAUGACAUAGAUUUUGUAUCAAAUCAACACUAAUUGUUUACUAAACCUGUUAAUUUUCAUUAUUUACAAUCAUGUCAUUGCUUACAUCAGAAUGGGUUCCAUAUAAAACAGAAAAUUAUUUUAGAAAAAUGGAAAUGUAUCCCAAUAUGUAUUGGUGCAACGAAAUUGAUAUAAAUACAUCUGUCGUAAUCGCAGCCCCUUGUGGAGGACCAGUUAUUGUAAUUCGAGAUAGAACAAAAUUAGUUUCUAUAAAAACUGUUGGGAAGCCAAUAAUUUCAGUAUACACGUCAUCUGGAAAAAUUAUUUCCUCUUUUGUGUGGGAUAGUAGCCAUCUAAUCAAUUUAGGUUGGACAAAUAAUGAAGAAAUACUAUGUUGUCAAGAAAAUGGUUUGGUAUCAAUCUAUGAUUUGUUUGGAAAUUAUCAACAUACGUUUAGUAUGGUCAAGGAUCGACAAGACAUAAAGCUAAUAGAUGCUCGAAUAUCCAGUAAUUUUAUGAGAACCAUAGUUGCUGUUUUAACUGAAUUUUAUAGCAUUUAUAUAAUGAAUGAUAUAACAAAAAUUAAAGUUCAUGUUUUACCUGACAUACCAGAUAUGAAUGCUUUGCCAAAUUUAUGGGAAAUUAUAUUGUUAGAUAGACAAACAAGUGUUUUAGUAUGUACUGAACAUUCACUUUAUACAGUAUCACAUGCAGAAUGUAAACAGCAAUAUGUCAAAUUUAAUGAUUCAGAUUUAAACAAAGACGUUAAUCUACAAAAUUCAAUAAAAAAAUUAGCAAUAUCAUCGGAUCAUAAAGAUAUAGCAUUACUAAAUAGCGAUAACAAAAUUUGGUUUGGAUCUUCAGACUUACGAAAAGUUUAUAGAGUUUACAAGAAGACAUUCUCGAGUCCUAUUGACCAAAUGUCUUGGUGUGGCUCGGAAGGAGUAGCAUUGUACUUUAAAGCAGAGGACAUAGUUAUGAUAAUAGGAAAACAUGAAGAUCGAGUAUCUUUCAUUUAUACAGAUCCCAUUUGUUUAGUGCCAGAAAUCGACUGCGUUAGAGUGAUAGGCGCAUAUUCAAAUGAUAUUCUACAAUUAGUGCCACAUUAUGUACAAGAAAUUUUCCGGAUAAACAGUACAAGCCCAAGUUCCUAUUUAGUUGAAGCAUCCAAACAAUUUCAAAAGCGAAAUCAUCGGGCUAACGAAUACAUACAUUUGGUACAUCAAAUGUUAGAAACUGCUGUUGGUAAUUGUAUAGAAGCAGCCGGACAUGAAAUUGAUGUAACCACUCAAAAAGUUUUAAUAAAAGCAGCUCAGUUUGGCAAAACUUUUCUUCAGAAUUGGAAUCCAGAUCGUUAUUUGUACAUGUGUAGAUUGCUAAGAGUUCUUAAUGCUGUUCGUGAUCCAAAAAUUGGAAUUUCUAUUACAUAUCCACAGCUACAGCAAAUAUCAGUUCAAACAUUAUUAGACAAACUUGUUGGUCAAAGACAUUACUACUUAGCUCUCCAAGCGUGUUCCUUUAUUCGUAUGUCAAGUAAGCUAGGGUCUAGUCGUAUUCUUACACAUUGGGCUAAAUUCAAGGUGAAGCAAACUCAAAUAGACAGAGAACAAUUAGCUACUACAAUUGCCGAAAAGCUUGGAAAGUUUUCAGGUGUUUCAUACCAUAAUAUUGCAGAAAUAGCUGCAAAUAGUGGCCGAUUACAACUUGCAAUAAAACUACUAGAUUAUGAGCCUCAAGUGAAUUUACAAAUACCAUUACUGUUAAAAUACCAACAAGAUAAUAUCGCAUUAAAAAAGGCUGUUGAAAGUGGAAAUACAGACUUAAUUUAUAUGGUUUUGCUCCAUAUGCAAACAACUAUGCCACUUGGAAAAUUUCAAAUGGAAAUUAAAAAAAGUGCUGUUGCUCAAGCUCUUUACAUAAAAUAUUGUCACCAACAGUCGGGAUACACGUUAUUAGAUAUGUAUACACAAGAAGAUAAUCAUGAACAUUUAGCUCUAUACCAUGUUACUGAAACGACAAAAAUCAAAAACCCCAAAGAUAUUUCUUUAUCAAUAAAUGAAGCCAUGAAUUGUUACAAAAGAACACGAGAUGAGUUUGCACAGACAACCUGUGAAAGUCAGUUAAAACUAAUAAGAUAUCAAAGUAGUCUAGAAGAGAAACUAAAGGAAAAUUUUUUUAACUUGUCUCUACAUGACACUUUAGUUAAGCUACUGGAAAUAAAUGAGUUUAAGCUUGCUGAUAAAUUACGCUCUGAAUUCAAAGUACCUGAGAGAAGAUUUUGGUGGACAAGAUUAAUUGUUUUAGCCAAGCAACGUGACUGGAUUGAAAUUGAUAAAUUAUCAAAAUUAAAGAAAUCACCUAUAGGCUAUGAACCAUUUGUUGAUGUGUGUAUUGAUUGUGGAAACAAAUAUGAGGCGUUAAAAUAUUUGCCGAGAAUAAAAGAUGAGCUCAAACAAGAGUAUACUACCAAAAUAAACUCAAUGUCGUAUUGAUACUCAAAUUAUAUACUUAAAAACUAUAUAAUAAAAUAGAAUUUUUUAUUAGUAAAAUUAUUUCAUUUGGUACCUAAUGAAUAUAUUGUAUUGUUUCCUAAUUAUAUAUUUUAUAACAAAUUUAUGCUAGUAUAUCAUAUAUUAUCUAUUAUAUUUAAUAAUAUCUGCGGUAUUAAUAAUU